GUCUUCUGACCUCUGUUAUCAAGUCAUUGGGUACAUAACUAACCCACUUGAUUGUGGAUCCGAGCAUUUGAGUGCGCAGGUUGCAUUGAUCAGGGACCAAGGCCAUGUCCUGGGUGCAUGUCCAAACAGAGGAAAAUCCAGUGUUUGCUCAUCUCCUCCAAGAGAAGAAGGAAUCGUUUUAAGGUGACUACCAACAAAAGGUAAAAUGCAGCGCUUACGGUCGCCUCUUCUACUCCUCCUACUCUGCUGCUACCUCUCAGGAAACGAAGCCAACCGUGUCUACGUUCACCCUUUCUAUCUCUUUGCCGCUGAGAACGUCAGCUGUGAGACCCUGCAGACUCAGACUCCCAAGCCUCUGCUAACAGAUUCUGUGGCACCCCUUGAUAUUGAAGUCCUGACACCGGACAGCAGGGAUCCAUUGAGUCAGGAUGGGCAGAGGCAAAACAUCACACAGAGAACAGCGGUUCUGGCAGGGCUGCUGAACUCUCUGGGCCUGAGGAUGUACCAGGCUUUCAGCAACAAACAGCACAGAAACAUCCUCCUCUCUCCUGUCAACACCUUUGGAUCCCUUGUCACCUUUUACCUGGGGGCCUCCAAGAAGACGGCAGGCGAGUUCCAGGAGCUUCUUGGCCUGAGCAGUGGCACCGACCAAAAGGACUGUGUGUCCUUAGUGGAUGGACACAAGGUUCUGAAGACCCUGCAGAACAUAAACUCUCUGGUGGACGAUGGACCUAAAGAUGAAAUCACCACCCAGGUGUGGGCCUUCACUCGCCAGGAUGCUCAACUAUCCAAAGACUUUAUUCAGGGUACGCAGGACUUCUCAGAUGCAUCAUUCAUCCGCAGUGUGGACUUCUCCAAACCCCAGGAGGCCGAGCAGCUGGUGAACAGCUUUGUGGAGAAGACGUCAGACGGGAAAGUGAGGAGCAUCUUCAGUGACAUAAACCCCAGCUCUGACCUUCUGUUCCUUACUUCCUUCCACUUCCAAGGCAAUUGGACGAAAGCCUUCCAGCCAGAGAAAACCUCCUUGCAGGAGUUCCAUGUGGAUGAAAGAACCACAACAAUGGUUCCAAUGAUGACCCACACGGGUCAGUACCACUACCUGAAUGAUAAGGUGCGGCGAUGCACGGUUGUGAAGCUGCCUCUGAGCAAUAGGUCCUACAUGUUGCUGGUCCUGCCUCAUGAAGGGACCAGUGUCCUCGACUUAGAGUCUAAGCUGCGCACUGAUGUCAUGUCUGACUGGCACCAGAGCCUCCAAGAAGGUCUGUUGGAGCUGUCACUGCCAAACUUCUCCAUGUCCUCUGACACCAAUCUGCGUACCCUGUUGGCCAACAUGGCUCCAGAAGUAGAGGCUAAACUGUUGGGCUCCCAAGCUGAGUUCAGCCAACUCAGCAACACUAAACCCUUCACUAUAGAUAAGGUGGUCAGCAAGGUGUUGUUUGAGAUGUCAGCAGAAGGAGUGGGGCCUCAUGAAGGGGCAGAGCUUCAGGACAAGGUCCAGGAGGAGGGUAUCCCCCUGAAGCUAUCCAUCAACCGGCCGUUCUUAUUCUCUGUGAUAGAAGGAAAUUCUAACGCCAUCCUCAUACUGGGCAAAAUCACCACAUUAUAAUAGUAGCAUUGUACUUCAAACCAACAAAAACCUCUGACAUGAAAAAUAUCUGACCCACCAGGUCUAUUCCUUUCCUAUGUAUUUCAUCCCCUGCAGCUUAAGUUCCUGUAGUGGCUGAUAUCAAUCAUUCCUUUUGAUCCUAUCCUUGUUUUUUAACUGAAUUAAAGGUCACAUACAGUAGCUAUAUGAGGAAUGAAGCACAACCUCGUUCAAGAAGGAUACACUACAGUGUUAUUGUCUUUUACCACUUAGCUUAUCUCAAAAACUG